AUGAGCGAUGCAAACUCCGACGACUGGGUCGACUCAUCAGAGGGCUCAGACGACGACAUAGACGACGAGGCGAGCGACGGAGAUGAUGAGACCAGCACCAGUGAGCAACAGUUCCCGCGCAGGAGCGUGGAUGAAGUGGAGAGCGCUGCCGCAAACACGCGCCGCCGUACGUCAUCCAUCUCAUCCGGGCUCGCCGCCAUGACACCCGCCGAACUCACGUCCACUCAACCACGCCAACCCACUCCCCCGCCCCCAAGACGCAGCUCCACGCUCCCGGAUCAAAUCGAGCACGACCCCAGCCAUGAUAGGGCACGAUCUCCCAAAUCAUCACUGCCGGACUACCACGACCCGGACUCACCUACCCAGAAACGAGGCCACGGUAUACCUCGCAACCCCGUGGCGGAUACAUGGCGUGAGGACGCGUACCUGAAGAAGGAGCCCAGUGAACGGAAGAUCUCCAGCGCAGAGGCCGGGAAAAUGCAGGAUAGGUGGCGAUGCGAGUAUUGCGGUCGACUGAAUGAGAGGGGAGCCGAGACAACAACACCAAUGCCUGAUCCAGAGGAUCCACGUGUGGGUACUGCUGGUCCAUCUACCGCACCAACCGGCCCAGUUCGUAUUCCCGCAUACGAACCCUCAGGUGUGUCGGAAACGAAAUGCGCAUACUGUGGCGAGAAACUUAAAUUGGACUUAUCCCAAUACGAUCCACGUGAAUUUUCGGAGUUUGGAGUCAACUUCAACCUUAUGUAUUUCAAGGACAAGGCGGAUUACGUAGAACAGGCGAGGAAGGCUUGGCAGAGAGCGCGUCACAGGGUUGGCAUUAGGUGGAGCGAGGAUGACAGGAGACACAGAUCAGAAUCAAGGAAAGCAAAAGAGAGGAGAAGGGAGGAAGAGGAAGUUCAGAGUCCGCUUGGAUGGACGGUGAGGCCAGGAAGUGAGGAGAGAGUGGAACCUGGAGAAGACGAGGGUGGAGAUAACGAUGCGAAGGAGAACGAUGAUGAGUGGGAGGAUGACAAUGAGCCAGGAAGCCCUCAAGAGUAG